GUGUGUUGUGCUGCCUUGGGAUCUGCAACCACAGGACAGCAGUGGGUGUGUGCAGACAUAGACUGAAGGCUGUAUAUCCAGUCUAGCAGAGGGUGUGCCUGCUCACUCACACACAGGAGAGCAGAGUGUGGGGAAAGAGCAGCUGUCAGCAGAGGGACGUAUGGCAAGGAGGGCUCCCUGACAUUCUACACCAGAUCAAGACAUUUUUUGUGCCGCUGUUUUCAUUUUGUUGUUUAAGCUCCAAAAGGGAGACAGGUGACAUCCCACCUCAUUGCCACCCCAUCUGUAAUCAUGCUUCACUCUCCCUCUCCACUGAAAACAGCACUGGCUUACGAGUGCUUCCAGGACCAGGCCAAUUCUACUCUAGCGUUGCCCUCGGAUCACAAGCUGAAAACUAGGGGGACAGGAAAACAAAGGGUCCAGGAGCAGGUGAUGAUGACAGUGAAACGGCAAAAGCAAAAGAGCUCCCUUUCAUCAGCAUCGAAUGCAGCAGGUCACUCCAACCGAGGGUCCAUGCAUGAUGGUCUGGCUGAUGGUUACAGCUAUGGAACAGCCCGUGGUAGCUACUAUGCCAAAGCCCACACAGGAAACAACUGGGGCCAUGCGAUGUACAAUGGAACCCUCAAGAGAGAAGCAGAGAACAAACGCUACAGUUCCUACAGCCAAAUGGAUGGCUGGGGUGGCAGGAACUACAACAAGAUCUGCAGCCCAACCAGUCCUGGGAGUGAUUACUGCUUUGUGCAGAAUAUGAAGAGCAGCCGAAGUGAACCAGACCUCUGCUGUGACGUUCCACGAGGCACCCUACGGAGAAACCAGAGUGGAAGCCGUGUGAGUCACAAGACCAGUCUGUAUCGUCACAGCCAUUAUGACAACAGAUGCAACAACCAGAAUGACAUGACAACCUCGAGGACAAGCAAAAGAGUUCCAGUCCGUAGCCCCUCUUGCACCUCUGCUAAUAAGCAAGAUGUAGUCUAUGCACAGCCUGUAGCUAGCAGCAAGCAGGAUGUGAUCUAUGGACAGGCUCACUCAAACUCAAAAAUAUGCAAUGAUGAGAUGGAUUAUGGAGCAAUGACCAUCCAGAAAGCCAUCCAGCUCCUGUGUUCUUCAGAUGAGAAGUACCAGGCCAUGGGUGCUUACUACCUGCAGCACACCUGUUUUCAAGAUGAAUCUGCCAAGCAAGAGGUCUACCGGCUUGGUGGCAUUGCCAAGCUUGUUGAGCUUCUCCGUAGCCUAGAUGAGAAUGUGCAGCAGGCUUCAGCUGGGGCCCUUCGAAACUUAGUCUUCAGAAAUCCAACCAACAAGUUAGAAACCAGACGACAGAAUGGAAUUCGAGAGAGUGUGAACCUCCUGAGGAGGACCGGGAGUACAGAAAUACAGAAGCAGCUGACAGGAUUGCUCUGGAACCUAUCAUCGACAGAUGAACUGAAAGAAGAUUUAAUACAUGAUGCCCUUCCUGUUCUGACUGAUCGUGUUAUUAUUCCUUUUUCUGGCUGGUCUGAUGGUGUUAGUAAUAGAUCAAAAGAAAUUGUUGACCCAGAGGUUUUUUUCAAUGCCACCGGCUGUUUGAGAAACCUGAGUUCUGCAGAUGCUGGACGUCAAACCAUGAGAAGCUACCCUGGACUGAUUGACUCUGUAAUGACUUAUUCCCAGAACUGUGUGGCUGCCAACCGGCCAGAUGACAAGUCUGUGGAGAACUGUAUCUGUAUCCUACACAAUCUGUCUUACCGCCUGGAUGCUGAGGUGCCUAAUAAAUACACACAGCUCAACCACAUGGCCAGGAGCACUUACACAGACAAAACCCUGACAGGCUGCUUCAACAACAGAGGUGGAAAGCUGGAGUAUGAUGAAUAUGAUCUACCUCUUCCGGAAGAGGACUAUAAACCCAAAGGGUCCAGCUGGCUGUACCAUUCGGAUGCCAUCCGCACAUACCUGUCUCUGAUGGACCAGAGCAAGAAAGAUGCCACCCUGGAGGCUUGUGCUGGAGCCCUGCAAAAUCUGACUGCAAGCAGGGGACUGAUGUCAAAUGGAAUGAGCCAGUUGAUUGCUCUAAAGGAGAAAGGGUUGCCCCGUAUAGCACGCCUUCUGCAGUCCACUAGUGCUGAAGUUGUCCGUUCUGGAACAUCCUUACUGAGCAAUAUGUCUCGACACCCCAUUCUCCACAAAACAAUGGCUCAUCAGGUGCUCCCAGAUGUGACACGUCUCCUAGCCCUCCAGGCUCCAGGUUCCAGUAAUUAUGGAGACAUUAUGACAUCUGCUUGCUACACACUGAGAAACCUAAUCAUGUCCAACCCACAGAUGGCCAAACCCUACUUAACAGGCAGCUUGAUAAAUAACGUGGUAGGCCUGUGCCGAAAUGGAUCCUAUCCAAAAGCAGCUGAAGCUGGUCGUAUGCUACUGUCUGACCUAUGGUCAAACAGGGAGCUCCAAACUAUACUAAAACAACAAGGAUACGAUAAGAAUAUGAUGGGAUCCUUAACAGGAAGCACUUUUAGGACCCUGUCUUCCAGAUUCUAAGAAGAGAUGUUCAUUGCAUGUUUAGAUUGCAGAGUUUGUAACUUGUUCCUGUCUGGAGACCUCAGUCCUCAAGGAGUUAGCUGAGACAUUAAAAAACAAACACAGUGUUUUGAGAGUUCAACUCAGUUGUAAAAUUAGGUAUGAAAAUUGUAUUGCCUUAUGGAGGUAUCUUAAAAUGUUUUAAUGGAUUUUUUUCCCUUUUGUGUGGGGAUGGGUUGGGAGGCUGGAGGUUAGUGUUAUUUGAUGUCGAUCAUUAUUAUUGUAAAAAAAAAUGGGGAGUUAGAAUUCUGAAAGGUAUAAAGAAUAAAUUAGACACCUACCUCCCAGUUAAUGUCAAGAUGCUAUUUUAGGAAAUGUAUAGAACUACCAUUUAAUGCUUCACAAAAUCAUCACUUCUCUCUCAAUAUGUAUGCAUAUAUUUAGUAGGCAUACAUACAUAGAGUGAGUGAAGCAAAACUCCAUUGCCGCAAAAUGUAUUGGAGUGCCCUGUAUACAGUUGAAUGUAAUGUGUGUUUAUUAGGAAAAUAAGUCCAACUGAGUUCACUGAGGUUUACUCCCAUGUAAAUGUGCACAAGAUCGGCAACUUGAGAGUAACCCCAUUAAAUAUAGUGGAACUUAUUUCUAAGCAAACAUGCACAGAAUUGUGCUUUAAGUCCUUUCAUUCCUCAUUUUCAAUGAAUUGUGUAAAAUUACUAAUAUCUUGUGUGUUUAUUUCAUUGUCAGUGGUCAUUAUGCAUAGAUAAUUAGCAUAGUGCUCUUGUUUUAGAUUGCUGAGGUUUUUCUUCCUAAUCUUUACUGUCAUAUGGGAUUCUUUCUGCAUUCAUUUUUUGGUCAGGUCUGCUUUCAUAUUCCAGGUUACUGCUAAGCAUUUUUCUUCCGAUAGGUCGCUUAGUUUCUAAAUCCCAAGAAGCAAACUCAUGUCAGAGAAAUUUCUACUCAACAGAGUCUUGAUCAUUUUUAAAAACUUUAUUUUUAUACUGUAUAUGAGUAACAGAGUGUGUGGAAGACUCCCAAGGUGAUUCUUUACUGAGGAUAUAAACUACCACAAGCCUCUAUGUGACUAUUUAAAAAACACUGAAGUCACUAUCUUGCUUUUUUUGUAAAUCUGUCAGCUGAACAAGUUUGCCAAUAUCAUAAGCUCAGAAAGAAGAUAAAUAGACAUAACCUACUCUUCUGGAACAGAGAACCAAUGGAUAAUGACAUCCAGCGAUGUUUGCCUGAGUGCACAACUGAUUUCCACUCACAUAAUGGGACUUCCUUUUUCUUUCUGCCCCCUAUAGCCCCCGGGUCCCCCAGUUCUCCAACAGAAGGUCUUCUAAUCCUUUGAAUCAGAUUUUGAGGAUUUGGGGGACAUGGGGAAGGAGAAACUCCAUUGUGUGAGCAGAAGUCUUCUCACAUGACAUUGGAUGUCAGCCAGAGCCUUUUAUUAAACUUAGGGUUGUCAGUAGAAACCAUAAUGAAAUUAUAGAAUUAACAAGUGACUAAUGAAAUAGACCUGUUCCUUGUCAGACCAUUUUAAAGGCUUACUGCAAAACAAGAUUUGCUUCACUUCAUCCUGACCAGUAAAUAUGGGAGUUUUGUUUUUUUUUUAAAAGAGAGAGAGAUUCAGCCAGUUCCAAUUUGCCCUGUGGUUUCCAACUACUGAUUCAGUCUUCAGUCCUCACAGAUACAUUCUUGCAUAUGUUUUUGUACAUUUCUCAGUGGUGUGUUGUACUGCUCCUGUGGUUAUUGUGGCAUUGUGUAGAGGAACUACAAUUUGGGCAAAUGGUGGGUGAUAAAAGUAAAUUUUAUGGAAGUGAGUUGGUGUAUCGGAAUUCCAAAUAAAAGACCAAGAUAAGUUAAUGUAAAGAAGUUUAGGGGAGGAAAGGUUCCUGUCCCCUCCUCCCGCCACCCCCUGCAGCCACCUGCAUCCUACAUGGAAAAGAGUCUCCAGAGGAUUGCUGGGGGUGGGGACUGCUGGGGGUGGUAAGAAUUGCCCAAAAUCUGCUGAACAGAACCUAAGUAAAUAGGACCAAGCAGGGGACUAGGAAGUAGCCAGGCAGAUUAGAAAGCACAGACCUAAAGAUGAAGUGGGGUCUGAGAAAGGUACAGAAUAAUGGAGAAGAGAGAAGGGAAGAGGAGAGAAUCUAACAGGAGAAAGACUAGUAGAGAGGAAUGGGCAGAAAAGAGGGUUGCACGUCACUGGGAUCUGUAGAGGUGAACAGUGUUGAAAUUUACAUUAUAAUAACCAAACAGCAGGUCUCUGGUUUAUGUGUGUUUUAGCUCGUUUUCAUCAGUUUGAUUGCUACUGGUUCCAAGUUUUCAGAGGACCUUCAGCGAAAUCCACUCUGGGGGUGGGUGGGUUCCUUAGUGGGUCCUGACAGUGGUGGUGACCAACAAUGGCAGGCAACAGCACGCUGAAUAAGCAUCAAAUGCUAUCAUUUUAAUUUCCCACAAUGCUCCCAGUGUAGCAUCGCUCCACAGCAUGGUGGGAAAUUUAAACGGUGGUGCCCAGUGUUGAUUCAGAGUCCUGACUGCUGGGGGUGGGAUUUAAGAAGAGGGGGUCGACCCAGAGCACUUGCCAUCACCAGUGGGCCCUACCAGAGUGAGGCCCCAACAGCUGCUCAAUGUUGCUGUAUGAUGGCACCAGGUCUGGUCAUAAACUAUGUUUUUAACAUUUGAUGCUUCAUAAUAAUAAGCUAAUAAUAAUCUUAAUAGCAUAUUCUUACAUAUAAACAUCAGUGAGUGUCUACACGUACAUCAGAUUGGUCAUGUUGACAGAAUUAUUAUUAAUAGAAGGCUUUGGUGCAAGAACUACCUGUCAUCUGCAUUUGCCCUCUAUAAACUAGUUUUGUAAAUGUCUGACAUAUAGUAAGUGCAUCCUUACUAUCAAGAUACUUGCACUAUUUAGAAAGGCAGGGUUUGAAGAUAUAUAGAUAAGUAAAUAAUGUCAAAGGCUCUGCAAUGGUUCAUGUUCCCUUAUCAUGUCAUUCAGCCCCGUUCCCCCAACUCACUCCAUAUUAUCCAGAGAGAAUUAGAUCUAGUGUAUAUAUCAUUUACUAGUGUAGAUUGGAUGGACAGAAUGGGUCUGAAAUAUUAUUUGAGAGGAUGGGCUGAACACUUCUUUUGGCCCUGCCACACAUGAAACAAGAUGUAAGAGGUUGAUGCUUGCAUAGGACAUGAGUCAUGUAAAUAAAUGCUGGAGCUAGUUAUGACCUCAACAGAGCAAGAGGUGCUAUGCUUAUAAGGGCUUGCUUCGUUAUAUGCCUUGUAAAAUGCUAGCUAAAGGAUGUCUUGGAUGUCCAAUGCAUCAAUUCAGAAGACUCACGGGCACAACUAAAAAUGAACUUUUGCUAGCUUUAGCCCUCUAUUGUAUUAACUUGCUAUCUUUUAUUACCAUCGAAACCACUAAUCCAGCUAUACAAAGUAUUCUGUAAGAUAUAUGUACAAGAAUCCAGUGUCAACAUUGUUUUUUCCUGUACUGUAUGUGUAUUUGCUUCAUUGGAACAUCUGAAAUCAAUAAAGUGCUGGAAGGCU